AUGGUGGAGCCAGGGCAAGAUUUAUUGCUUGCUGCUUUGAGUGAGAGUGGAAUUAGUCCAAAUGACCUCUUUGAUAUUGAUGGUGCAGAUGCGGGGCUUGCAACUCCAACGCCUACCCCUCCAGCUCAGCAGUCAAUGCCACUUAGUGCAUUAGAACUAGGUUUGGAGACUGAUGCAGCAGUUCCUGUUAAACAAGAACCGGAGACCUUACCUACACCAGCACUAUUAAAUGUGAGGCAGCAGCCUCCAUCUACUACAACAUUUGUGCUGAAUCAAAUAAAUCAGCUUCCAACAUUGGGAUCUACAAUUGUAAUGACGAAAACACCACCUGUAACAACCAAUAGGCAAACCAUCACUUUAACUAAGUUUAUCCAGACUACUGCAAACACACGCCCUUCAGUCUCAGCACCAGCAGUACGGAAUGCCAUGACCUCUGCACCUUCAAAAGAUCAGGUUCAGCUGAAGGAUCUACUAAAAAAUAAUAGUCUUAAUGAACUCAUGAAACUGAAGCCACCUGCUAAUAUUGCUCAGCCAGUUGCAACAGCAGCUACUGAUGUAAGCAAUGGUACAGUAAAGAAAGAGUCUUCUAAUAAAGAAGUAGCUAGAAUAUGGAUAAAUGACAUGAAAAUGAGGAGUUUUUCCCCGACCAUGAAGGUCCCUGUUGUAAAAGAGGAAGAUGAACCAGAGGAAGAAGAUGAAGAAGAAAUGGGUCAUGCAGAAACCUAUGCAGAAUAUAUGCCAAUAAAAUUAAAAAUUGGCCUACGUCACCCAGAUGCUGUAGUGGAAACUAGCUCUUUAUCCAGUGUUACUCCUCCUGAUGUUUGGUAUAAAACAUCCAUUUCUGAAGAAACCAUUGAUAAUGGCUGGUUAUCAGCAUUACAACUUGAGGCAAUUACAUAUGCAGCCCAGCAACAUGAAACUUUCCUACCUAAUGGAGAUCGUGCUGGCUUCUUAAUAGGUGAUGGGGCAGGUGUAGGAAAAGGAAGGACCAUAGCAGGAAUCAUCUAUGAAAAUUAUUUGUUGAGUAGAAAACGAGCAUUGUGGUUUAGUGUUUCAAAUGACUUAAAGUAUGAUGCUGAGAGAGAUUUGAGGGAUAUUGGAGCAAGAAACAUUUUGGUCCAUUCAUUAAAUAAGUUUAAGUAUGGAAAAAUUUCUUCCAAACAUAAUGGGAGUGUGAAAAAGGGUGUCAUUUUUGCUACAUACUCUUCCCUUAUUGGUGAAAGUCAGUCUGGUGGUAAAUAUAAAACCAGGUUAAAACAACUUCUACAUUGGUGCGGUGAUGACUUUGAUGGAGUGAUAGUGUUUGAUGAAUGUCAUAAAGCAAAAAACUUAUGCCCUGUUGGUUCUUCAAAGCCAACUAAGACUGGUUUAGCAGUUUUAGAGCUUCAGAACAAAUUGCCAAAAGCCAGAGUUGUUUAUGCUAGUGCCACUGGUGCUUCUGAACCACGCAACAUGGCCUAUAUGAACCGUCUUGGAAUAUGGGGUGAGGGGACUCCAUUUAGAGAAUUCAGUGAUUUUAUUCAAGCCGUAGAACGGAGAGGCGUUGGUGCCAUGGAAAUAGUUGCUAUGGAUAUGAAGCUUAGAGGAAUGUACAUUGCUCGACAGCUGAGCUUUACUGGAGUGACCUUCAAAAUUGAAGAAGUUCUUCUUUCUCAGAGUUAUGUUAAAAUGUAUAACAAAGCAGUCAAACUGUGGGUCAUUGCCAGAGAGCGAUUUCAGCAAGCUGCAGACCUGAUUGAUGCUGAGCAACGAAUGAAGAAGUCCAUGUGGGGUCAGUUCUGGUCCGCUCACCAGAGGUUUUUCAAAUAUUUGUGCAUAGCAUCCAAAGUUAAAAGAGUGGUGCAGCUAGCUCGAGAGGAAAUCAAGAAUGGAAAAUGUGUUGUAAUUGGCCUGCAGUCUACAGGAGAAGCUAGAACAUUAGAAGCUUUGGAAGAGGGCGGAGGAGAAUUAAAUGAUUUUGUUUCAACUGCCAAAGGAGUGUUGCAGUCACUCAUUGAAAAACAUUUCCCUGCUCCGGACCGGAAAAAACUUUAUAGUUUGCUAGGGAUCGAUUUGACAGCUCCAAGUAACAACAGUUCACCAAGGGAUAGUCCUUGCAAAGAAAAUAAAGUAAAGAAGCGUAAAGGUGAAGAAAUAACGCGAGAAGCCAAAAAAGCACGAAAAGUAGGUGGCCUUACUGGUAGCAGUUCUGAUGACAGUGAAAGUGAAUCUGAUGCCUCUGAUAAUGAAGAAAGUGACUAUGAGAGCUCUAAAAACAUGAGUUCUGGAGACGAUGAUGAUUUCAACCCAUUUAGAGAUGAGUCUAGUGAAGAUGAUGAAGAUGAUCCCUGGUUAAUCAGAAAAGACCACAAGAAAAACAAAGAGAAAAAAAAGAAGAAAAGUAUAGAUCCAGAUUCUAUUCAAAGUGCCUUAUUAGCAUCAGGUCUUGGAUCAAAACGACCUAGUUUUUCAUCUACACCGGUUAUCUCACCUGCUCCUAAUAGUGUACCAGCUAACAGUAACACCAACAGUAACAAUAGCCUUAUAACAAGUCAGGAUGCUGUGGAAAGGGCCCAGCAGAUGAAGAAAGACCUACUUGAUAAGCUAGAAAAAUUAGCUGAAGACCUCCCUCCUAACACCUUGGAUGAACUUAUUGAUGAACUUGGUGGCCCUGAGAAUGUUGCUGAGAUGACUGGCCGCAAGGGGCGGGUUGUGAGCAAUGAUGAUGGAAGCAUAUCUUACGAGUCAAGAUCUGAACUUGAUGUGCCUGUGGAAAUACUGAAUAUUACAGAAAAACAAAGGUUUAUGGAUGGAGAUAAGAAUAUUGCUAUCAUCUCAGAAGCUGCCAGCUCAGGUAUUUCAUUACAAGCAGAUCGGAGAGCUAAAAAUCAAAGACGAAGAGUUCAUAUGACUUUGGAAUUACCUUGGAGUGCUGACAGAGCAAUUCAGCAAUUUGGACGAACUCAUAGAUCAAACCAAGUUACAGCUCCCGAAUAUGUCUUUCUGAUUUCUGAAUUGGCAGGAGAACAAAGAUUUGCAUCUAUUGUUGCUAAAAGACUAGAGAGUUUGGGGGCGCUUACACAUGGUGAUAGAAGAGCAACAGAAUCUAGGGAUCUGAGCAGGUUCAACUUUGACAAUAAGUAUGGAAGAAAUGCUUUAGAAAUUGUCAUGAAAUCUAUUGUAAACUUGGAUUCUCCUAUGGUUUCACCACCCCCAGACUAUCCUGGAGAAUUCUUCAAAGAUGUUCGACAAGGACUGAUAGGAGUUGGUCUCAUAAAUGUAGAAGAUCGCUCGGGAAUUCUUACUCUUGAUAAAGAUUACAACAACAUAGGAAAAUUCUUAAAUAGAAUUUUGGGCAUGGAGGUGCAUCAACAGAAUGCAUUAUUUCAGUAUUUUGCAGAUACACUUACUGCAGUUGUUCAAAAUGCCAAAAAAAAUGGAAGAUAUGAUAUGGGUAUUUUAGAUCUUGGUUCUGGAGAUGAAAAGGUCAGGAAAAGCGAUGUUAAGAAGUUUCUGACUCCAGGAUAUUCAACCUCUGGCCAUGUAGAAUUAUACACAAUUAGCGUAGAAAGGGGAAUGUCAUGGGAGGAAGCUACCAAGAUUUGGGCUGAGCUGACAGGACCAGACGAUGGCUUUUACUUGUCAUUGCAAAUAAGGAACAACAAGAAAACUGCCAUCUUGGUUAAAGAAGUGAACCCUAAAAAGAAACUUUUCUUAGUUUAUCGACCAAAUACUGGGAAACAGCUUAAAUUAGAAAUUUAUGCUGAUCUAAAAAAGAAAUACAAGAAGGUAGUCUCAGAUGAUGCCCUGGUGCACUGGUUAGAUCAGUAUAAUUCAUCUGCAGAUACUUGUACUCAUGCUUACUGGCGUGGUAAUUGCAAAAAAGCGAGUUUGGGACUGGUAUGCGAAAUAGGUCUUCGUUGCCGCACAUAUUAUGUAUUAUGUGGUUCAGUUCUGAGUGUCUGGACAAAAGUUGAGGGUGUUCUAGCAUCUGUCAGUGGCACUAACGUGAAGAUGCAGAUUGUUCGGCUAAGAACAGAAGAUGGACAACGGAUUGUAGGUUUGAUCAUCCCGGCAAAUUGUGUGUCUCCUCUUGUAAAUCUCCUUUCAACUUCAGACCAGUCUCAACAGCUUGCGGUCCAACAGAAACAGCUAUGGCAACAGCAUCACCCGCAGAGCAUCACCAACUUGAGCAAUGCAUAAAGGACCAGACAGGUUUCAACAUGGAUGUAUCUGAAAUGCUGUUGAAGCAUAUCAUUUGCAUAAAAAUCAGGGACAGUUUCCAAAGAAUUAUAUAUUUUUUUCAGUUGUGCUCUCUCUAGUUAGUUUUUUUGGGAGUAAGGACAAACCUGGAAUAGAUAGCAAAACUGAAAAUCAGCAGUGCUGAUGGUGGUACAUAUGUCUUUCCUUUGCUUUUUCCCUGGUACUUCCCAUCUGCUUUUACUGUGCGUGAGCAGAGGGGGAUGUGCGUGUGUGCGUGUGUGUCAGUCUGUUUGUUUGUGAGUGUGUUAAAGGCUACAAACCACAGUUGGUUUAAAAUGCUUGGAACUUCCCAAACUGGCUUUACUUUUAUGUUAUACAGUGCUCAGGGUUAACGCAGUACAUCCAUGCUAUUGCUGUGGGAGUUAUCCCCGGAUGCAUGUGUUUGAGUCUAUAAAUAUAGAAAAUAUAUAUUGGUUUCUUUUUUCAACUUAAUAGGUUUAUUAAAGCAUGAAAUGAAAGGUUGCAUAUCAUGCAUUCAGGUUCUUUUAUAGUUUUUGUUCUGACAGUGCAUGUCUUUGAAAGCAUGCGUAAACAAGAUUAACACAGAAGUCAAGUAAUGGAGAGAAACAUUUGUAGAUGUACAGCAUUGGUUAUUGCAUUUUUAUAGUGUUUAUACCUGGGUAUUGCUUCUAACCCUGCUGGCCCCUCCCCCCAGCCUCCCCCUGCCCCAGGUUUCUUGUCAAGGUAAUGAGUACAUACAUUUUUUUUUGUGGUAAAAUUUCUUAAAAGUUAAUUUUAAUGUAUUAAUAGUAUUCCUAACGUGUGCUGCAAAAUGGCUAUAAGCCUCUUAAAGUAACACUUUCAACUUAAAGAUAGUUUUAGAAAGAAGUACAAAUUGGCUUUCAUCUUGCAAACAGUCUUUUUUUACUUCAUUAUCUUAAUUUGCUUUGCCACUAGUAAAAAGGAAACCAUACUUGAGUUAAAAACUAGACAAUGAGGAAACACUUGAGGCUUCUGCUGUAUGUUUUUUUGUUUUUGUUGUUGCUGUUGUUACCCAGUAACUUGAAUAUUGUUUAAUGUGUUGUGAGACAUUGUAGAGUUUAUCCCAAGCUGUUAAAAAUGGUAAUGUACAAAUGUGAAUAGACACUUAUCUAUAUAAUAUGGGUAAGUUUUGUUUCGCCUAUAAUAGAUGUUUAUAAAAAUAAGUGAGGGGACAAUUGGUCUUUUGUUUCCUUUUUUUCUUUCUCUCUCUCUCUCUUUUUUUUUUUUUUUGCUUGCACAGGUUGCACUAUUGAAAAAUUGAGAUUGUAUAAACCUGGUCAAAAGCUGCAAGAUACCAAAAUCUUGUAGAUGUCAAAUAAAAAGUUAUUAUACUAACAAGAAGUGGACUCUUGUUUAGGCCUGACCGGUGACCGUCAGAAGUAGUCUGUGACGGGGACUCUGCAGAACUUGCAUGUUGCCUCAGCAUUCCAGGUAGCCUUACGGUGUGACUUAAAACCUACCCUUAAAGUUUGAAGUGGUAUUGAGCAAGGGGUACAGUGAUAGUGCUUUCGAAUAUUUUUCACGUUGGAUGGUUCCCUUUGUAACUGUCUAAGCUUUGUGCAGAAUUGGGUGAGAUGUACGUUAAGUGAUAGAAACCUUCUCUUGUCUUUCUUUAAGCCCAAGUUUGGUCAUAUCACGUUUACCGUAGGUUUCUUUGGAAUUAUUUUUUCUUGAUGCCUAAAGGAACAAAUUGAGAAUAAAUUUUGUUCUUUGGCCUGUUUUGCCCAGUGGAUGCAACUUUUAUCCUCAGUCCAGCUCGUGUAUCUCAGGCAGUGAUCCAUUUUGUGUCAACCAGUGUCCCUUGUUAGGGCCACUAGACCCAGCCAGUAGCCAACAGCAGCAUCGUCCCCACCUGCAGCAAAACCUCCUGCUAGUGCUUCUGUUUUUAAAGUGCUUCUGUUUUUAAAGCAGUAGUGCAGUCAGCUUCCAUCAACACCUGAAGGUGGAAUGGCUAGACCUGGGGAAGGGAUGCAGAGCAACCCUCCUCUCUGAGGCAAAGCGGCAGGGCUGGGAAGGAGAUUCUCUUGUAGACUGUUGACUCAGCUCUGCUUUCUCCAUGUGAGGACAUCUUUCUCAGCAGGUGAUGGUGUUUUCAAAGCAGUGACGUUAUAAGGCUUCUUUAGCAUACAGCUCCUAGUUCAUGUUACUGUAUUGGCUCUGAAGUCGCAAUUGUGAUACAGAAGAGCAUAUGUGUAUUCUUUGUAGAACAGCUUUUUUUGUUGUUUAUUAAGAAAGGAACAAAUAAGGCCUCUGAAAGCCACCUCAAACAUCUCAAAAAGGCAACAGUGUGGAUGGCAGGGCCUGGGGCACUGCAUGUCCAGGUCCGUCAUGGUGCAUAAGCACCCAGCGGUUAGCGCCCACCCCUCUGCAGGUGGACAUCCUACUUUUACACUGUGCCCUUCUGGAAGUCAGCAAGUUCAGGUCGGCCACCCUGAGAAGCCCUAGCCUUCAAGGUCCUUUUGAUGUCGAAAACCAAGUCUCCACAACAGCUAACGUCUAUAAAGUGGGUCUGUUGAUUGCAGGAUCUAAAUACCAUGUCUGAAUUCAGAGGCCUAGUGAGUCCAUUUGGCUCUGCAAUGCCUUUCUCCCUUUUUAGCAAUACAGCUCUGAGCACAAGCUUUGAUUGGAAAUCAUGUUAGCGUUUCCAGAGUUUACAGUGUCGAUUGUACUGAAAACCACUUCCCAAGGCUAGAGCAGCUCAGAUAUUAUCUCUGGAGGAAUUAGUGUUCCCCUAAUUUGGUAACCUCCAUACUACAAGGUCUCUAUCUGCAAUUAGUUGGCUUAUCUAGAUAUGCUGUUGAUACGAAUUCAUAAAUGUAUUAAUGUAUUUCUUUAAAAACAACUUGAUUAAAAAGUAUAUGUUCAGCAGUUUUCUUUUUUGCUACUAAAUUGCAGAUAACACUCUUCAAUCCCUUCUCUUUAAAUGUGUAUAUAAAUUAGCAAGAAUCUGCGUCCAAAGCAAUGUAGUAGUGUGUGUGUAUAUAUGUGUAUAUAUAUUUAUUCUAACUCAAUUAGCACUUCUGAAACCAUUUUGAGUUGCAACGAUAAACCUUUUAGUUUGCUUCGUAUGUGGAGGUAAAAGUUCUGGAUGACCAAGCUCCAAAGGAAUAGACUGUUUUAGAGGCACAACUUUCUGGAUGUAGCUGCUGGUGCCAUCAUUUGCUGGUCUCCAUGUGGUGCUGUUAGAGCAGCUCCUCCCAGCUGAGGAAAGAAAGGACGUCAGGGCAGCGCUCACAGCUGCAGGGUGGGUGCCUUCCCCCUCUCCCCUCUAAUGCCAUUUUAGCACAAGGGGGAAAAAUAGAAUGGAAAUGAUCAAUGCACCUCACUUUAUGGAAGUAGGGGCAGACAUUCCCCCUGUGUCCUUUUCCUAACAAGAGAUUAGGACAAAGGUCCCUGUCCAAGGACUGUCAUUUGAAAAUGUACCUGAGUGGUAUUUAGUGGUUUCUAAGAAUGGUGCUACAUCAGGUUACUAUCAGGCUGGGAUUCCGUUAAUGAAUGUUUGGCGAGUUCAGGAUUCCUGAUGGCAAAGGCAAAUGCUGUGAGGAUAGGCACCUGCUGACUGCCCGUCCUCGUGUCUUCCAUCUCCCUGGCUAACCACACCCACGCACACUGCACGUGUGCCCACUUGGCUGUGGAAACGUGGCAGGUGUUCUGUGUCAUGGCUACAGCUGAGAGCAAAAACAUUUCUCAUUGGAUGCCAGUACAAAGGCAUUGUCUUUUAAGUGACAGAAAACACACCUAGAUACCUGUAGUUCAAGCUAGCUAGCAGUUUUUUUCUGAGUACUUGAGGUAAAAUCCAAAACUCCCUUGAAUUUUAUGCUGUAUAUAUAUAUGUACAAAAAUGUGUAUAUAUAGAAGUGUGGAGUUCUUUUGAAUUCUGAGUGUAAAUAUUUCUUGUAAAUUGAGAUCCUACCCACUUGUUUUUCCCAUUUUCCUUUUCCCUUCAGUUCUAUUUAUUCUUUUCUUGAUUUUCCCAUAUGGGGCAUCUUAUUACUUUUUUUAAAUUUAGAAAAGUAUGGAAAACUUCUUAGUUGAAUUUGUUCCUAUGUAUUAGAAUUCGGUUUUGCAUCUUUGCUAUAGGAUUUCUGUUUUGUGUUAAUAUCUUUCAACAUGUCUGUGUUCUGCAUUUUUAUGACGAUUUUUACCACGUGCAAUGUGUUGUACUGGGGGGAUGCACUUGAGUGCCGUUUCUGAUGCUGUUAUUGUAUGACUGGUCAUGCUGUUUUGAGUUGUUCUUUGGAAGCUAUAGCAAGUCUGAUGUUUUCACAUUAAAAAAAAAAAUGCUUCCUAA